AUGGUUUUAUGGUCUUUAAUUGCGGCAAGAUUGCCUGGAAGAACAGAUAACGAGAUCAAGAAUUACUGGAACACGCAUAUAAAGAGGAAGCUUUUGAGCAAAGGGAUUGAUCCAGCCACUCACAGAUCGAUCAACGCAGGCAAAACUCCUGAUUCGAAGAAAACAGAGGACCGAGUUGUAAAAGAUGUUUCUUUUGUGUCUCGGUUUGAGAAAACAGAAAGCUCCGAGGAGCAGAAGCAAAAUAAUAACCAGAAGCGGGAUCGAACUAAUGGGUUAGUUUGCAAAGAAGAGAGAGUUGAGUAUUACCCAGUUGUUGUUGUUGAAGAAGAAAUUUUAUGCCCAGAUUUGAAUCUCGAGCUUAGGAUCAGUCCACCGUGGCAAAACCAGAAUCAUGAUGAUCAGAGAAGAGAGCGAUCUCCCUACACUGCGUCCCGUUUUUACAUGGAAAACGGCAUGGAGUGUAGUAGCGAUACUGCAAAAUGCCAAACAGAGGAUAGCAGUAGCAUUAGCUAUUCUUCAAUUGAUAAUAGUAGUAGUGGCAGCGUUGGUUAUGACUUCUUGGGUUUGAAGACGAGAUUUUUGGAUUUUCGGAGCUUGGAAAUGAAUUAA